CGUUCCUGCGUUUCCCGACUCUCUCCGGGAGGGAGAGGAAGCAGAGAUGGUGGACCCAAAAGGGAAGGGCAAGGAGAUUGCCACAAAGUCUUCUUCCGGCAAGAGGAAGUUCUCACGUCCUCCCGACGGCCAAGCAUCUGGCUCUCGGAAACACAGGCGGUCGGGCGCGCUGCAAUUCUUCGAUUACAUUGCCAACGUGGACGACGAUAACGACGAGGAUGAUGAUAGCGAUUCUGAUUUUUUAAGCAAUGAUGGAAUGGAUUUGGAAGAUAAUGAAGAACAACAGAAAAGCAAUCAAAUUCCGUUCCUUUUGAAAGAGGAAGAGGCAAAUGAUUCAGAAUUGGAAAAAUUUAUCCGGGAGAGAUACAAGCGCGGGUCUAAAUAUGUUUCCCAUGUUGAAGACACUAAAGGUUCUGAUGAAGAAAAUUCUACAAUGCAGUUCAAUGGUGGUCCCAUCAUGUGGAAAGUUAAAUGCACGCGCGGACAUGAAAGGGAGUUGGUGGUCUGUCUCAUACAAAAGUUCAUUGAUUUGCAUUCUGUUGGAAAGAAAAUGGAGAUAAAGUCUGCCUUUUGCCUUGAUCAUGUAAAAGGUCAUAUCUAUCUUGAAGCAGACAGAGAUAGUGACAUUGUGGAGGCAUGCAAAGGGCUGUUUGGCAUAUAUACCAAUACAAUGAUACGUAUUCCGAGCAAUGAAAUUCCUUACUUAUUUUCUGUUCGUGGAGCAUCAAUGGAAGUUUCGAAAGGUGAAUUGGUGCGUGUGAAACAUGGAACUUAUAAAGGUGACCUUGCAAAGGUUAUUGAUGUGGAUGAUAGGCGUAAAAGUGCAACAAUCAAGCUAGUCCCAAGGGUCGAUCUACAGGCUGUUGUUAAUAAAACUGAUGGCAAGAAAAACAUAAAGAGAGGAACUGCUGUACCCGCUCCACAUUUGAUUAGCGCUUAUGAACUUGAGAAGCUGCAGCAAUUUGUUAAAUUAAAACGUAACCAGAGGACUGGAGAAGUUUUUGAAACUAUUGGUGGUUUGACGCUUAAAGAUGGUUUCUUGUACAAAAAGGUGCGACUUGAAUCACUGAAUUGCUGGGAUGUUCGGCCUUCUGAUAUUGAGCUUGAGCAAUUCAAAGAUUCAAAAAGAGUUUCAACAAAGGAUGAUCUGUGGCUCUCUAAGCUAUAUGGUGAAAAAAGGAAUAACAAAUCCAAGGAGGUGAACAAAGUAGAUAAUGGAAAAGGCAGUUCAUUGGUUGGUGAAAAAGCGAAUAACAAAUCCAAGGAGGUGAACAAGGUAGAUAAUGGAAAAGGUAGCAGUUCAUUGGUUUCGUAUGACAUGAGAGAAUGGGAACUCUUUGAUCUUGUCUUCUUGGAGAAGAAGAGAUUUGGUGUUAUCAUAGGUAUUGAUGGUGACUGCUUUCAGAUUCUCAAGGGAAAUUGUGAAAGAUUGGAGACGACAACUGUGACAAUGCGGGAUAUAAAACAACAGGAGUGGGAAGAAGAGACUACUUCUUUGGACCAUAAUUCGAAUCUCAUAUCACUCAAUGAUGUCGUGAGAAUUCUCAAGGGGCCAUUCAAGGGUAAGCAAGGGAUAGUUAAGCACAUUAUCCAAGGGAUUCUUUUCAUCUAUGACAACAACCAAAUAGAAGCCAAUGGUUUUUGUUGUGCCCAAACAAAGAACUGUGAGGCUAUUAAAUAUUCACAUGGUCCAUCUGACGAAAGCUUUUUUGGGCCUGUUCCUCCAGGUUUUGAAGCAUCAACAUCACUGUCAGCAGAGCCAGAGCCAGAGCCGGAAGAGCCCCCAAAAAGUCCUCAUCAGCAUAGGGAACGUCCAGCUGCGGCUGGUUUCCGAUCUAGAAGUACCAAUGGGGACUUCUAUGUUGGUCAAACUCUGCGCAUUCGUGUUGGGCCACUAAAAGGCUACCUUUGUCGCGUCCUUGAUGCAUACCGCUCUGAUAUCACUGUGAAGUUGGACUCACAAAUGAAAGUUGUAAAAGUUAAGGUUGAUGAUGUUACUGUGGUUGUUGCAAAGGGAUAUGGCAGUGUGUCCAGGGAUGAGUGGACUGGUAUCCCUUUGGCCUCUUCAAAUUUGCCUGGUGCUGAUGAUGCAAAUACGCCUGGUUUAUCAUGGAAGCUUCCAGAUCAGAGGACCAUUUGUAGCGCAGGUGAACAACAGACUACUAAAACAACCUUAGAUUCAUGGGGAGAAGUUAGAGCCGUGUCUCAGAGUAAUGGCUCAGAACAACCUUUAGAUGGCUGGAAUGAAAAGAAAGAUGCAAGCCAGAACCAUAAUGAUAGCUGGAACAGACCCGCAAUGCAGUGGAAUGAUACAGAAGUUAUGUCUACUGAUCAGGUGGAUGGUUGGGGCAAGCCUGCAACUCAAAGGAAUAAGACAGAUGGUACGACAUGCAGUGACAGCUGGGGAAAAGAUGUAGGUGGAUGGGCAAAUGAGGGGGAUGGAAGAAAAAACAAUAGUGAUGAUAAAGCACAAAAUUGGAAGCAACCAACAAACCAGUGGGACAAAGAAGAAGCGACAGCUUGUGGUCAGGCAGACAGCUGGACAAGAGAUGCAGGUGGCUGGAACAAUGAAGGAGAUGUAAAAAAGGCGAGUGAUGAUAAGAGGCAGAGUUGGGAUAAGAAGGAAGUUCCAGAUUGUGGUGGAACAUGUAGUUGGGGCAAAGCUGCAGGUGGUUGGGCUAGCAGGGGAGAUCAAAGUGAUGCGAAGACACAGACUUUGGAAAAAGCACAAACUGGGAUUGAUGAUCAAGCUCAGUGCUGGGGAAAACCUACACGAGGUUGGGAUUCCAAAAUGGGAAGCACAAGCAGAAGUCAUUGUGAUGGUUGGAAUGAACCGCAGGACAAGGCAGGAGUUGCUGAUGAAGAUCAGGUUGAUUUCCAUGGUAGCGGUCGAGCUAAAGAGAAGGGAACAAAUUGGAGUCAAGAUGCUCCUUGCAACAAGCCAUCAAAUACAUGGAACAAACUGACCGAUGCUGCUGGAGGUCAGACUGAUUGCUGGGGUGUUCAGGACAAAGAGAAAGAUGCAAGCUCAGGUCAAGGUAGUGGUUGGGACAAAGCAGAGAUCACAGAAGGAAAUCAAGGUGAUAUCUGGUCAAAGUCCUCUGGUAGUCAACAGGAAGAUAAGGGUGCCACUACAAAGCUGCUUGGUGGCUGGGACAGGCCAAAAGACCAAUGGAACAAGCGAGAAGAUGUUGUUGGCUGCUCGGAUAAGGAUUCAGGUGGUUGGGGCAAACAGACUGAUGCAAGUGCAAAUCAGGCUGACAACUGGCACGGUGGUUGCAAUCAAAGCAGUCAAGGUGGCAGUAGUUGGCAGAAAUCAGCUGGUUGGUCUGAAUCAAGAUCAAUUGGUGGCAAUGAAUAUGUAGGUUGGAAUAGAUCAAAUCAUGGGAAUGAAUGUAGGCAAGAUCAUCAGAGGAGGGAAAGGGCACCAGGAAGGGGUCGAGGCCAUGGGAGAUGGAAUGGAAGAGGUGACCGAGCAGACAAUUGGAGAAAACCAAGAACAGAUAGCUCAGACAAUACCAAUAGUUUUCAUGGGCAUCAAUUAGGAGGUUGGCAGAAAAAUGAAAAAAAUGACCGUGAAAACCAAUCUGGGCAUUGGAAGAAAGUGGAAGGUACGUGGGAUAAAGGAAAAAGUGCUAAUGCAGAUCAGGCAUCUCAACACUGGAAAACAUGGGAUUCUUCUGGAUCUCAGUCACAGGGUUGGAGCAAGGCAGACAAUGCAUGGGGUCAGCAAACCACAGUUAGCACAAGUCAAACUACAAUGGAACUUUGUGAUACCAAGAACUCUGGGUAUCCAUGUGGCAGUGGCCAACAAAGUCAAGCUUGGGAAAAUGAUACUGAUGCAAGUGGGAACCAAGCAGGUGGUGGGGGUGGGAGCUGGGGGGGAACUGAAACUGGAGGCAGCGACAGAUUAGUUGGUUGGGGAAACUCUUCCAAGAGCAAAAGCACUACUGCUGAUGCAAGUGGAAAGGAUGCAGGUAGUUGGAGAAUGUCAUCACGAUCUCAAACCUGGGAGGAACCAGAAUCUGCAGAUAGGAACACGUUGAACCAGGAAGCAGGUGGUUGGAGUAUUUCAUCUGCAUCUCAGAGGCGGAAGAACACAGAAUCUGGAGAUGGAAAUGCAUCAGAUGGCUGGGGAAAAGCUGCAGACAAUAAGGAUACCUCUGCUGAUGCAAGUAAGGAGGCUGUUAAUUGGGGUAUGUCUUCUGGAUCUCAGAAUUGUGCAUUGUCUGCAUCUCAGAGUUGGAAGGAUGCAGACUCUGCAAAUAGAAAUGCAUUAGAUUGUUGGGAAAAAGCUGGAGAAGGUACUGCUGAUACAGGGAAGCAGGUUGGUGGGGGUGUCUCUUCUGAAUCUCAGAGUUGGGAGAAAAAUGGAAAUGCAGGUGGGAAUGCUGCAGAUGCUUCAAGGGUAGAUACAGAAACUGGGAACCGUGCUGUUGAUAGAAGUGGGAAGGACGAUGGUGCUUGGGGUAAGCAUUCUGCAUCUCAAAGUUGGGACAAAAAAGAAAACUCAGGUGGGGAUGCAUCAGAUGUUUGGGGUAAAUGUCCAGCAGAUAGGAAUGGUGCUGUCGAUACAAAAAUGAACGAGGCCUGUGGUUUGGAAAAGUCUUUUGGAUUUCAGCAUCGGGACAAAACAGAAAAUGCAAAAGGCAAUGCAUCAGGUGGUUGGGGGGACGUCGAGGUUGGGAAGGAUUCUACUGAUGAAAGUUCAAAAGGGCAAUGUGGAUAUGACAAGUUGUGCGGCUCUCAGAGUCGGGGCAGCUCAUCAGGUGGCUGGGGUAAAGCUUCGGAGGGUUGGGAGAAUGCUGCUCGUGCAAAUACUAAUGAGGUGCAUGGUUGGGGCAAAGCAAAUGCAUCAUCUGGAUCUCAGAGCUGGGAGAAGGCAGAAAUUGUUAGUACAAACAAGUCAGAUGGUUGGAAGUCAACCUCAAACCUGACUAAAAGUUAUAGUGAUUGGAAAGAUUCUGUCCCAACAAGUUGGGAAAAAGUAAAUAAUUGGCAACAGUCGGCUGAAACUGGAGAAGAUUCAAAAGCUAUGCAUGAAGAUGGGUCUGAGGGAUGGAACGCACCCAGGUUUGGUGAGGGUGGUCGGACAGGUUAUCCUGGCAGGGGAAGAGGGCCAUCUCGUGCAGAUGGCAGGGGUAUCUUAGGAAGAGGUCCAUCUGAUGGGAAUGGCAGGGGUGGAAGAGGAAGAGGAAGAGGAUCAUUUGAUAGAUUUGGUAGGGGUGGUCGGCGAAGCGGACCUGAUGGGAAUGGCAGGGAUUUCAGGGGACGAGGGCCAUACACAAGAAAUUGGAAUAGAGAUGAUGACUCUGGUCAACCACGAAAUUGGAGCAAGGCAGUGGAGCCCGAAAGCCUUGGUGGAAACCAGCGAUGGAACAGAGCAGAUGAAGGUAGUCAUAAAUCAGGAUCGUGGGGCUCAUGGUCCACAGCAAGUGGUGGUUCAGGCCAAACAAAUGAUGACCAGGGAAGGAAGACGGAGUCUCAAAAUCAAGGUGGGAACCAGCAAUGGAACAGAACAGACCAAGGUGGUAAUGGAUCAGGAUCCUGGAGCUCGUGGUCAUCAGCACCUGGUGCUUCGGACGAAACAAAAGAUGGAAAUGGAGGCAGUGGAUGGUGAUGCCUGCGUAUAUAUUUACUCAUGAUGGUUUAACUGCAAAAUGUCUUGGGUUGUCAAGAUUGGUGAAAAUUUUGUCCACGGUUGUAAAUAAUGUAAGUAUCUAGUUCCUUUUUUUCAUUUGAUCCUUUUGUGUUUUACUUUUGCAAGCCGAGAGGAACUUAGAAAAAGUUUCCGGAUUCAUCUUUUGUUCAAUUUUCAUUCUGCGUUUUCUCCUUGUCA